UUCCUUAAUGGCAACUUAGGAGUGAUGUUCGCUUAAAUUAUUUAUGAACGCAGUUAAAGUGACAGCUCUCAACUGUCAUUGUCAUGGAUGACGACAUUUAUAGUUUCAGCACUGCAAUACUUAAUGUAAUCGCGAAAUCUGCGUUGUAAAUAGCAGAUCCUACAACUAUUAAAUAAAUAAAUAUUGUUUCGUAUAUAAUAAUUUCGAUAUAAAUAGUAUAUUAUUAUUAAAUACUUACUUCUGUUUGUCUAAUUACAACAAAACCAUCGAUUACAAAGUGUGAAAGUGUAUUCUACCAAAACUAAAAAUAAAUUGGAAAAGUAACUGGUAAUUAAAAUGGGUCCCCCAAAGAAGUUCAAGAAAUACGAUUCAAGAACAGGCAGUGAUAGAUCAGGUAAAAAGAAGAAAGUGGAAGAAGAAGUAACAAUAGAUCUAGUGGAUGAUGACAAUACAGAGAAUGUGGGAGUACCUGGUGCUGCAAUGCAGGAUGCAGAGAAAAAUGAUCAAGUGCCAGAAGAUGAAUUUGGUGCCAAAGAUUACAGAAGUCAAAUGCAACUUAAAACUGAUAAUGCUAGCCGCCCACUGUGGGUGGCACCCAAUGGUCACAUAUUCUUAGAAGCAUUCUCACCUGUGUAUAAACAUGCUCAUGAUUUUCUCAUUGCCAUUGCAGAACCUGUGUGCCGGCCCCAACACAUACAUGAGUAUAAACUGACAGCAUACAGUUUAUAUGCUGCAGUGUCUGUGGGUUUGCAAACAACAGACAUUAUCGAGUAUCUACAAAGGCUUAGCAAGUGCUCUGUACCAGCUGGCAUUAUAGAAUUUAUUCAACUAUGUACAUUGUCCUAUGGAAAAGUGAAAUUAGUGCUGAAACAUAACAGGUAUCUCGUGGAGAGUAAACAUGUGGAAGUUCUUCAAAAGUUACUCCGCGACCCUGUUAUUCAGCAAUGUAGGCUAAGACGCGACGGCGAUGAUGACUUCUUAUCGUCAGCACUGCCCGAUAAGCCGGCAAUGUCUCUAAAACCAGGUGAAACAAGCGAGAAGCCGCCUCCGGCUAACGGCACGGUACCAGAUGACAUCAGCCAGUUCUACCAGCAGCUAGACAAAGACGACGACGAGGACGAAGCCACCGACAUUACAGCCAACACUGCCGUCGCCUUCGAAGUCGAUCCUGAUAAGAUUGAGGUGAUACAAAAGCGAUGUAUCGAGCUUGAACACCCAUUGUUAGCGGAAUAUGACUUCCGUAACGACACCAUCAACCCUGACAUCAAUAUUGACUUGAAACCCACUGCUGUGUUGCGCCCCUACCAGGAGAAGAGUCUUCGGAAAAUGUUCGGAAAUGGCCGUGCGCGGUCAGGUGUGAUAGUGCUACCGUGCGGGGCGGGCAAGUCGCUGGUGGGCGUGACGGCAGUGUGCACGGUGCGCAAGAGGGCGCUGGUGCUGUGCAACUCGGGCGUCUCCGUCGAGCAGUGGAAGCAGCAGUUCAAGUGCUGGUCCACCGCCGACGACAGCAUGAUCUGCAGAUUUACAUCAGAAGCCAAAGACAAGCCGAUGGGUGCCGGUAUCCUGAUCACAACUUAUUCUAUGAUCACACACGGACAGCGGCGCUCGUGGGAGGCUGAGCAGACUAUGAAGUGGCUUCAGGCACAGGAGUGGGGCCUCGUCGUUCUCGACGAGGUGCACACCAUACCCGCCAAGAUGUUCCGAAGAGUACUCACUAUUGUACACUCACAUGCUAAACUUGGUUUGACUGCAACACUACUUCGAGAAGACGACAAAAUCGCAGAUCUGAACUUCUUGAUUGGGCCGAAGCUAUACGAAGCGAACUGGCUGGAGUUACAAGCGAAUGGGUACAUCGCGCGAGUGCAGUGCGCUGAGGUGUGGUGUCCCAUGACACCGGAGUUCUACAGGGAAUAUCUUGUACAAAAAAUAAAUAAGAAAAUGUUGCUGUACGUUAUGAAUCCUUCAAAGUUCCGUGCGUGUCAGUUCUUGGUGAGGUAUCACGAACGACGUGGCGACAAGACAAUAGUGUUCUCUGAUAAUGUUUUCGCUCUCCGGCAUUACGCCGUCAAAAUGAAUAAGCCAUAUAUUUACGGGCCCACGUCACAGAGCGAAAGAAUUCAGAUAUUGCAGAAUUUUAAAUUCAAUCCUAAAGUGAACACGAUAUUUGUCAGUAAAGUAGCCGACACAAGUUUUGACUUACCCGAAGCAAAUGUUUUGAUUCAAAUUUCGUCUCACGGUGGUUCGCGGCGACAGGAAGCCCAACGGUUAGGUCGUAUAUUGAGAGCGAAGAAAGGUGCGUUAGCGGAAGAAUACAAUGCUUUCUUCUACACGCUGGUGUCGCAAGACACACUAGAAAUGGCUUACAGUCGUAAAAGACAGCGGUUUCUCGUCAACCAAGGAUACAGCUACAAGGUCAUCACAGAACUAAAAGGAAUGGAUCAGGAACCUGAUCUACUGUAUGGUACGCGAGAGGAGCAAGGCUUGCUGUUACAACAGGUGCUGGCUGCGUCGGAGACGGAGUGCGAGGAGGAGCGCGAGGGCGGCGUGGGCGGCGCCGGGUCGGGCGUGGCGCGGCGCGCCGGCGCGCUGUCCUCGCUGGCCGGCGCAGACGACGCGCUCUACCUCGAGCACCGCCGGAACGCCAACGCACAGAAACACCCGCUCUUCAAGAAGUUCCGAUACUAAUACUAAAUGCAUAAAACUGAAAACGAUGGAGGGAUUCCUGAGUGGGCGUUGGUCGAGCUCCAGGGACUUAUUCAAAUGAAAAAAGAAGGAAUCACAGAAGCGACAGUGGUUGGCGAUUUGCAUUACUACAAUAGAAACAAACAUCCAGUUUUAGUUCUUGGCCACCAUAUUCUCAAUGGUAAAGAACAGAAACUCGAGCAACCAAUGGCGGUCAUUGAAAAAGUUAUUGUAGAUGACAAAACUAGCUAUAAAGUGAAGGCUGUUAUCAAAAAGAAAUUAUUAUUUAAAUCCAGACCUAAGCCGAUUAUUUCUAAUGUAGCAGAAAAGGUGUGAUAAUAAAUAUACAAGUAAUAAAGUUUAUCUCAAAUUA